AUGAGAAGGCUCACCCAAUGUGACUCAAAACACAAAAAUGGUGGCCACGACUCGGCUUCUCUCACAGAAACGCUUCUUCUCCGCCAAAACCCUCCACAGAAACCACCUUCAAUGGCCCGUAAAACAAAUCACAAAGUCAAACUACAACGACUCUCUCGAAGAAAUUAAACACCACAUUUCCACCUCCCACUUCGUAGCCAUCUCCUUACAAAACACCGGCUCCUUUUCCUCGCCAUGGCACCGCCUAUCCGCCUUCGACACACUGCACACGGCUUACUCCAAAGCUAAGUUUGCAGCCGAACGGUUUCAGAUAUUUCAGUUCGCCGUCUGCCCCUUCAAGAUUGAAGCUUGCAAAAUCAUUGCCCGUCCGUACAACUUUCAUUUGUUCCCCAGAGAUGAACUCAAGCUGGGAAUGCCUUCUUAUAGUUUCACAUGUCAAACUUCGUCUUUGAAUUCCAUGGCGAAAGAGGGUUUUGAUUUUAAUGCUUGUAUAUAUGAGGGGAUAUCAUACUUAUCAAGAGAACAAGAAUCUUCAGCUAAGCUUCGGAGGGGGAAUCCAAUUAUUGUUGAUCAGGAGAAAUCUUCUUUUGCUGCUACACCUGCCCCAGCUGUCGCUGAUACAAUUUUUGUUGAAAGGAUUAGAUCUCGUGUUAAGCAUUGGAAAAAUGCACAUACAGACUCGAGUUUUAAGACAGAUGAGGCUUUAGUGAGAUCCCUGAGAAAUAUUAUCUUAGGGACCGAACAGCAUGGAUCUAGACCAUGCACUACUAUUGACGUUUGUAGUGAACGCCAAGUCCAACUAGUACUAAAGAUGUUGGAAGAGUUCUCUGAUGACCUUGUUCCUCUGUUAAUCCCUGCAAAGAGUGGAGGAACCCAAGCUAUUCGUGCUGUUUUGACUAGUUCUAAAGAGGACAGGGAUCUUUUAAAGAGGGAGCUUCAUGAUCUUGAAGUGGAACAAGAUAAGAAAGUCCGUGGAUUCCGAGAGGUGAUCGAUUUGAUUUCUGCUUCACAGAAACCUGUUGUCUCCCACAAUUCCCUUAAUGAUUUCGUAUUUAUUCAUUCAAAAUUUCUGGCUCCCUUGCCUCCUAAUGUGGUUGAAUUUCUGUCUUCCUUGCACGUGGCUUUCCCCCAAGUGCUUGAUGUCAGCCAUCUCAUGAUGGAUAUUGGUCCUGCAAUAACCAGUAUAUCUGCAAAUACAUCGUAUCUAAAGAAAAGAUUCUUUGCACCCAUGGAUGUGGAAUUUCCACACCAAGCUACUGAAAAUGAAAGCAAGAUUCAUGGACAUAAUGUGUUGAAAAUUUGUCAUUUGUUUGGGAGGCUAUGUUCUGUGCUGAAGCUCAUUCCUACUUCUAGUCAAUCCGGCAACCAUCAUCUGGCUUCAACUCUUGAUGGAUUCACAAACAUCUUCAAUCUUAACUCUGAUAGUUGUCAAGAACCAACUGAUGAGGACAUCAGAGUUUGGACCAACAACACACAGAAAGUAAGGUGCAAGGAUGUGGCUUUCCUAUGGGGAUUUCGCAAGAGGAUGUCUGCCAGAAUGCUGAAAACCAUUCUCCAAGGGUCCCAUGAAGUUUUUACCGAAGAAUUUGAUGUCAAAUUGGUGGACAGAAGUUGUGCCAUGGUGGUAUUUUGGCAACCCAGUUUUUGUGAAAUUUUUGUGGAUAUAAUGAACAGUGAAAAUAUUUGUGGAGCUUUGAAGGAAAUGGUUUCGGAAGGACUAAAAGCAACAGGAUAUCAGACUUAUAAAAGGGUUUGCAGCUCAGGUUUGUGGGAGGCAGAAUUGGCUGAUGCCUUGGACAAAGCUUUGGCUCUUCCUGACACCAAUUUUGAAGCUGAUAAUGAAACAAAUACAUCAGAAAUUUAUUGGUCCAAGGAAUUAAAGAUUAACUUGGAUGAUCUCUGAGUCUUAGGUUAUAGAACAAUCUUCCUUUGUAUACUUGACUUGAGAUUGUGCUGAGUAGUAAUGAAACUAUGUAUUGUACAUAUAAUUAUGAGAUAUAUCAUUAUAGGUUUGAGCAAUGAAGAUUUUGUAUUACCUACAAAUCUUCUGCCUAUGAAUAAUGCAAUUAAGUUUUUCACA